CUAGCCUCCGCCCGCGGGGCUCUACGCUAGGGAAACUCUAUGGUGGGGAUUUCUAGGCGAGGCCUCCGCGGGGACUCUAUGGUCGCAGCCCGAGCGCCCCGCGCGGCCCCGCCGUGUUUGCGAUGCCGCCGGCGCCGGUUUCCUGAGGCGGCGGCUCCGCUCCCCGCGCGCGCCCACCGGCGGGGCCUCUGAGGUGAUGAUGGAAGAGGUGAGCAAGAGCAGCAGCACCGGCCCCGCGACGCCGCCGCAGACCGGCCAGGGCUCAGCCCUGCAGCUCUCGCACAUCAGCACGCAGAUGUCUCUGAGAGGUCCUGCCCCCCUGACGGUCGUUCAGCUGCCUGGAGAGCAGGUCCAGGUGCAGGGAGUCAUCCAAACCGCUCAGUCCUCCUCCGUCAUCCACUCCCCCCAGGUGCAGACAGUGCAGGUAUCUUCUUUGUCCGAGAGUGACGAUUCCCAGGACUCCUCAGACAGCAUCGGCUCUUCACAGAAAGCUCGGGGCAUCUUAGCUCGUCGUCCGUCUUACCGAAAAAUUCUGAAAGAUCUUUCUUCUGAAGAAACACGCAACAGAAAAGGGGAUGAGGAGAGUCCGGGCGUCUCCACCGUUACAUCCAUGUCCGUUCCCACCCCCAUCUACCAGACCAGCACCGGACAGUACAUCGCCAUCGCUGCCAAUGGUUUGCAGCUGGCCAGCCCGGGCACAGACGACGUGCAGGGGCUGCAGACGCUGACCAUGACAAACGCCAGCGGCGCCCAGCCCGGCACGACAAUCCUGCAGUACGCACAGACGUCCGACGGGCAGCAGAUCCUCGUACCCAGCAACCAGGUGGUGGUGCAGACUGCCUCGGGAGACAUGCAGACGUACCAGAUCCGCACCACGCCGACCACCGCGGCCCUGCCGCAGACCGUGGUCAUGACGUCGCCCGUCACCCUGACCUCGCAGACAAGUAAGACGGAUGAUCCACAGCUGAAACGAGAAAUAAGGUUGAUGAAGAACAGGGAAGCCGCUCGUGAAUGUCGUCGGAAGAAGAAAGAGUACGUGAAAUGUCUGGAAAAUCGUGUCGCAGUCCUGGAAAAUCAGAACAAAACUCUAAUUGAGGAGCUAAAAACUUUGAAAGAUCUUUACUGUCAUAAAAGCGUGUAAGCAAAGAGGGUAAAACUUUUGUGGACUGUUGAAAUAUCAGAGGAGAAAUGGGUUUUUUUAUACUGAAUUUUUUAAACUAGAUGAAAGGUCAAAAAUGAAACUUUUCUACCUAGAUUUCACAACUUAAAGACGAUAUAGAUUUUAUUUACAACAUGUUGGUGACAAAGUACAAAAAGGAACGAGAAAACCUCACCCAAAUUCCUGCUGGCACAACUGGAAACUUUAUCAGGUCAAGAUCGCGGCUCCAGCCAAAGGUGAUGGGAAUUCCUUGGAAAAUCUCUCCAAAUGCCUCUUGUGAUGGAGGCGAAAUUUGGUGACAGUAAAAACGUGGAUGAAAUGGAGUCCUUGCCAUAGUUGACAUUGUUAGCAACAUUUAUAACCAGUAUACGUUUUGAUUUCUUACUCUUUUUCAAUCCUUUUUCUGCGUUAUUUGUAUGUAAAUAUUUUUAUGGUAACCUGUAAGUUGUUAUUUACAGGUGCAGAUGAUAAAGAAAAAGAAGCGAAUACUUUGCUAGAGGUAUAAAUUAUGUUGUUUCUCAGCUGACAGUUUAAGACGUUGGGGUUUCUUUCUUCAAUGUUUGCUGUGUCGAUGGAACUUGGAUCUGCAGAAGCAGCGAGAGGCGAUGACAACGGCUCCGGCCCCUGAAAUAAGGUGUCGGUGACUUAUUGUAAGAGAAUUCAACACAUCCAUUUAUUUUAUAUGGCACGGUAGCUGAGCAUCUCUAAUUGGCAAAUUAACGGCAUGCCGAUGAUUAAAUUAAACACGCAUCGCUGCUUCUGUCUGGAGAUCCUACUGUGCUUUGGUACAUUCAAACCAAAUAGAGGAAGGAUACAAUGAAAGAAUUGAAGUUAUAUACCAAAGGGUUAAUGAGGUUCUAAUAUAUGCUUUAUACGGCGAAAGUCGUGCGAGAUUUCCGGCCUAAUUUUGUACGGUAGGUGAUAUUUUGCAAAGUACUGAUAUCUUUGUAAGAAAAUAUUCUAUUGAAAACAGGUAGAUGGUUGGUAUAUUUUGUAGCUAAAUGGUGAUCUUUGCAAAUUCCGAAAUUGAGUUUCUAUACGUAUUUUGGCAGUUUCUAUAUUUCAUUUUAGUAAACAAAUGAAAUAUUUUGUGAAGCAGAUUUUCAAGCGUAUAUUUUUAUGGGUAGUCCAAAGUCAAUGAGAUCCUCUUUGGCAUGGGAGGUAUUUGAAUUCAUUUUGUAUGUCUGUAGGCAGCUUGCAAAAAAAAAGUGGAUCCUAAGGGGUAUUGGGAAAAGAAGAAAACUAUAAAAUAAAACAAGAGAGAUCAGGGCUUUUUAUUCCCCACCGUUGAUAAUAUCUGCACAUUAGAUCCUAUCGCUCUCGGAGAUUCUAGUUUGGAUGAUUGUGUUUCAGGUGAAAAUUAAACGUUUGAGGCGCUGGGGACUGGUUUGGGUGCGGAAUCCCCGCUCUUGGGGAUUCCCAAUCGCCACCCGGGGGUCCUGUCCGACCUCGGCGGUUCUGGGACACCGGACCCGCAUCUUCAUGAAUCACAACGACGCUAUUUGCCACGGGCGGGAUUGAAUCCGCGUCCGGUUCGGGCAGCGGGAAUCACGCUCUGGAUUUGCCCUCCCGAGGUGUUCGAGCUCCGUGUGUGUGUCGUGCUGGCGCAGAUCGGGAUGAACUCAACCCGCGCUCGCUCCCCCGUGUGGAACGCUUCCCCUACGGUGGUUUUUAUUUUGCUCACUUUUGGACUUCUUAGCAAGCAGAGCUCUUUGCAGAUGGUAGGAGAACGCCGGCAUUCCACAAUCAUGUUAGUAGGCUAUAAAUCUUUAUUUCUUUCGGAAGUUUCCAAAUUGUUAUGGACACGAUCAACGAUCUGUUUUCUUUCGGCCACGCUGGAGUCUGCGUUUGUGUUCACGAAUGUGUCGCAAACUUUUGUUGCACGUCAAAACUAAUCGGGUUGAGGCAGUCCUAGUGGGGAACUGCUCCAGGAGAGGCGUUUGGUGCCUCUGUCAGUGGAAUUUCAGGUGGCAAAUUCUGUAUUGGGCAAGUGAAACAGUUUUAGUGCUGCCAGACAUCACAGGAGUCCGUUCUGCUCUUCAAAUAGUGGUUUCGAAAGGGCAGCUUCUUUUUCAUCAUGGAAAUAUUAAACAGUAACAUGAGCUUGCUCUUUCAGUGAUCACUGCUGAUUUUGGAUUUAUUUCAAAAUCUUGAUUGUAAGAGGCUAAAAUCUGUAUCCUGAGGGUAAGAGAUGUGGUGGCCAACUCUGCUCUGCUGGUUGUUUCCAAACACAAGUACCUGCUCUAUACGAAUUGUAAAUACUUGUUGAAACAAUUAGAUGGUUGCAAAUUUUGACCUUGGUAAAUAAAGUCGCCAAAAUCUAA